AUAGAUCAAGCCAUCAAGGAGUUGAGUGGAGUAGAGGGUAUGCGGAGCAACAUGUGUGUAAAAUUGUGUAUGGGCUUUACAGGCCCCAACGCAAACUUGUCUCAAUGUACCAAAUGCCACCAACCACACUUCUGUCCGAAAAAUCUAAGCCCCGGAAACCAUUUGAUCCUCCAGGCAUUCUCACGUAAUCCUGAGAUGGCACAGAAAAUGUGCUAUCAAACUGAUUGCACCAACAAGCUUCGGAUGGUGGCUGAUCCGGUGGAGCUUGACAUUUUUGACGACUUCAUCAAAGGCUCUCAGUACCAACAGCCUGUUGAGGAUGGCAUCAUCAAAGAUGGUGACCCUGUCUUAAUGAUUGCGGCCAACGGUGCUCAGCUCUAUGAGGACAAACAAUCUGACUGCUGGAUUGUCGCUAUGGUUAUACUUGACAUAUUGCCAGCCAAACACUACAAGAAAAAAUAUGUUGUACCCAUCACUGUCAUCCUGGGCACUAACAAGCCCCAGAAUCUUGACUCUUUCCUUUUUCCAUACCACCUCACAGCCAUUCAGCAUGAGGGUUUGGUGCUCUUCGACGGCCUCACACACAAUCUUCGGACAUGCAGUCCAUUUCUCUGGGUUGAGUCUGCUGACAGACCUGGUAUGGCACUUUUAACUGGGCUUGUUGGGCAUCAUGGCAAGUUCUUAUGCCGUCUCUACUGCGGAGUGAUUGGACGACAUAUUCCUGACACAUCUCAUUACUAUCCUGUGCUACAGAGGCCGGACAAAGCCAACCAUAUACAGCAAAGCAGGCUUUUAUCACAACACCAUUGA